AGGCGACAGGCGUCCACCUCCGAAUCGCAUCUGCUCCGGCAGUCCGGCUCCCGCCCCGCUUGAUCCCGUUCUUCCGAAUCCCACCUCUUCGGGGAGGACGGAAAAUGGAUGCCUCGUCCGUGGCGCUCUACAACCAGCUCAAGGCUGCUCAACCAUUCUUCUUGUUAGCCGGGCCCAAUGUGAUUGAAUCAGAGGAGCAUGUCAUGAAGAUGGCCAAACACAUCAAAGCCAUCACAACCAAACUUGGGGUGCCUCUUGUGUUCAAAUCAAGCUUUGAUAAAGCAAACCGUACAUCAUCAAAAUCAUUCCGUGGCCCUGGUCUGGAAGAAGGCCUAAAGAUCCUUGAAAAGGUGAAGGCCACAUAUGACCUUCCAGUGGUCACUGAUGUGCAUGAAAGCUGCCAGUGUGAAGCUGUUGGAAGAGUUGCUGAUAUUAUACAGAUUCCAGCUUUCCUGUGUCGCCAGACUGACCUUCUAGUGGCUGCAGCUAAGACUGGGAAAAUUAUCAAUAUCAAGAAAGGACAAUUCUGUGCUCCUUCUGUUAUGGCCAACUCAGCGGAGAAAAUUAGACUUGCUGGAAAUCAACAUGUGAUGGUCUGUGAGCGUGGCACCAUGUUUGGCUACAAUGAUCUAAUUGUUGACCCAAGGAACUUUGAGUGGCUGAGAGAAGCAAAUUGCCCAGUGGUAGCUGAUGUAACACAUGCUCUACAACAGCCAGCUGGAAAAAAGCUUGAUGGUGGUGGGGUUGCAAGUGGAGGUUUACGAGAACUAAUACCGUGCAUCGCAAGGACUGCUGUUGCAGUUGGUGUUGAUGGUAUUUUCAUGGAGGUACAUGAUGAUCCCUUGAAUUCACCAUGCGAUGGGCCAACUCAAUGGCCAUUGCACAAUUUGGAGGAGCUAUUGGAAGAACUCAUUGCAAUUGCUCGAGUCACCAAGGGAAAGAAGCCAUUGAAGAUCGAUCUAACACCAUUCAAGGAAUGAUUUGGCAUGGUUGGUAGAAAUAGCAGCGAAUACAUAAUUUUGGCUAUGUAGUUUGUGAUUCUGUUGUGCAAUUGGAUCGUGAUAAACAUCUGAAACAUGUGCCUGUGUUUGUAUUUUAUUACCCCUGUCAUUAGAAUUUGAAAAUGAAAUG